AUGUCUCUCUCCAAGAGAAACCAUAUGGAGGAUCCACAGAAAGACAACUUCAGCUUAGACCCAGUCCCAGCUCCUCACACCCCCAGCUCCUCUCAGCCCCAGCUCCUCUCAGCCCCAGCUCCUCUCAGCCCCAGCUCCUCCCAGCUCCUCUCAUCCCCAGCUCCUCUCAGCCCCAGCUCCUCUCAGCCCCAGCUCCUCCCAGGCCCAGCUCCUCUCAGCCCCAGCUCCUCCCAGCCCCAGCUCCUCCCAGCCCUAGCUCCUCUCAGCCCCAGCUCCUCCCACCCAAGCUCCUCCCAGCCCAAGCUCCUCCCAGCUCCUCCUAGCCCCAGCCCCUCUCAGCCCCAGCUCCUCCCAGCCCCAGCUCCUCCCAUCCCCAGCUCCUCCCAGCCCAAGCUCCUCACAUCCCCAGCUCCUCUCAGCCCCAGCUCCUCCCUUUCAGCCCCAGCUCCUCUCAGCCCCAGCUCCUCUCAGCCCCAGCUCCUCCCAGCCCCAGCUCCUCACUCAGCCCCAGCUCCUCUCAGCCCCAGCUCCUCUCAGCCCCAGCUCCUCCCAGCCCCAGCUCCUCUCAUCCCAGCUCCACUCAGCCCCAGCUCCUCUCAGCCCCAGCUCCUCUCAGCCCCAGCUCCUCUCAGCCCCAGCUCCUCUCAGCCCCAGCUCCUCCCAGUCCCAGCCCCUCUCUUCCCCAGCUCCUCCCUUCCCCAGCUCCUCUCAGCCCCAGCUCCUCCCAGCUCAGCUCCCAUCCCCAGCUCCUCCCAGCCCCAGCCCCUCUCAGCCCCAGCUCCUCUCAGCCCCAGCUCCUCUCAGCCCCAGCUCCUCCAUUCAUCCCCAGCUCCUCUCAGCCCCAGCUCCUCUCAGCCCAGCUCCUCCCAGGCCCAGCUCCUUUCAGGCCCAGCUCCUCUCAGCCCCAGCUCCUCCCAGCCCCAGCUCCUCCCAGCCCCAGCUCCUAGCCCCAGCUCCUCCCAGUCCCAACUCCUCCCAGCUCCUCUCAGCCCCAGCUCCUCUCAGCCCCAGCUCCUCCCAGCCCCAGCUCCUCUCAGCCCAAGCUCCUCCCAGCCCCAGCUCCUCCCAGCUCCACUCAGCCCCAGCUCCUCCCAUCCCCAGCUCCUCUCAGCCCCAGCCCCUCCCAGCCCCAGCUCCUCUCAGCUCCAGCUCCUCCCAGUCCCAGCUCCUCCCUUCCCCAGCUCCUCCCUUCCCCAGCUCCUCUCAGCCCCAGCUCCUCCCAGCUCCUCCCAUCCCCAGCUCCUCCCAGCCCCAGCCCCUCUCAGCCCCAGCUCCUCUCAUCCCCAGCUCCUCUCAGCCCCAGCUCCUCCCAGCUCCUCUCAUCCCCAGCUCCUCUCAGCCCCAGCUCCUCUCAGCCCCAGCUCCUCCCAGGCCCAGCUCCUCUCAGCCCCAGCUCCUCCCAGCCCCAGCUCCUCCCAGCCCGAGCUCCUCCCAGCCCCAGCUCCUCCCAGUCCCAACUCCUCCCAGCUCCUCCCAGCCCCAGCCCCUCUCAGCCCCAGCUCCUCCCAUCCCCAGCUCCUCUCAGCCCAAGCUCCUCCCAGCCACAGCUCCUCCCAGCUCCUCCUAGCCCCAGCCCCUCUCAGCCCCAGCUCCUCCCAGCCCCAGCUCCUCCCAGCCCCAGCUCCUCCCAGCCCCAGCUCCUCCCAGCUCCUCCCAGCUCCUCCCAGCCCCUCUCAACCCCAGCUCCUCCCAGCCCCAGGACAUCUCAUCUCCUCUCACAGAGACCCAAGACCCAGCCCGUCUUCUCUCACAGAGACCCAGCCCCUCUCCUCUCACAGAGACCCAGCCCCUCCCCUCUCACAGAGACCCAGCCCGUCUCCUCUCACAGAGACCCAGCUCAGACCCAGCACGUCUCCUCUCACAGAGAACCAAGACAUACUAUUCUUCUCAAACCCAGAACAGCGAGACGACCCCAUGCAGAUCCUCUCUCAGAGCCAGGCUAGAAACUUUAGACCCAGAGUGGAUUAA